UGGUGGAAAAAACUUCCAAUCAAUUCCGAAAUCCUCCCACUCAAGGCCUUCUCUGUGACAAUCCUCUCAAUCGUAGGGCAUGCAGGUGAAGUAGUGCGCACAUUCUCUGAUCUCGGCACAACACAACCCACACGACGGUGUAAUCUCUCAGUUGACACAUGUGAAACAAUCGGU